GGAGCAAAUCCAGCCCCCUCGUCCAGGCACUGCGGACGUGCAGCGGAGUUUGCUCCGGGAGAACGUUUUGGGAGUCAUUCAUUGAUAACACUUUCAGCUGCCUCCGGGACAGACGGCACAAUGGCUGAACUGAAGUACUUGUGUGGGUUUGGGAACGAAUUCUCCUCCGAAGACCCUCGCUGCCCUGGUUCUUUACCCGAAGGACAGAACAAUCCUCAGGCGUGCCCCUACGGGCUGUACGCCGAGCAGCUCUCCGGCUCGGCCUUCACCUGCCCGCGGCCAGCCAAUAAGAGGAGCUGGCUUUAUCGCAUUCUGCCCUCUGUCAAGCAUCAGCCUUUCAUCCCCGCGGCCUGCGGGGAUCUGACAGAGAAGUGGGACCAGGUGGAGCCCGAUCCCAACCAGAUGCGAUGGCGACCAUUCGCCAUUCCUCAGUCGACGGAGAAGAUAGUGGAUUUUGUGGCUGGUCUGCACACCAUCUGCGGCGCCGGGGACGCAAAAUCUCGCAGCGGAAUCGGCAUCCAUGUGUACACCUGCAACACCUCCAUGAUGAACAAAUGCUUUAACAACUCCGAUGGAGACUUUCUGAUCGUGCCGCAGCAGGGUGAGCUCUUGAUCACCACCGAGUUUGGCAAGUUGAUGGUCGAGCCCAACGAGAUAUGUGUCAUUCAGCAAGGUAUGCGCUUCAGCGUGGACGUGUUUGGAGAAACGAGAGGUUAUGUUCUGGAGGUGUAUGGAGCACAUUUUGAACUCCCUGACCUCGGCCCUAUCGGAGCCAACGGUCUGGCCAACCCGAGAGACUUCCUGUGUCCAGUGGCGUGGUACGAGAAUCGGGAAGUGUCCGCGGGUUACACCGUCAUCAACAAGUACCAAGGGAAGCUCUUUGCCUGCCAACAGGAUUUCUCCCCCUUCAACGUGGUGGCCUGGCAUGGCAACUACACACCAUACAAGUACAACCUCAACAACUUCAUGGUCAUCAACUGUGUGGCCUUCGACCAUGCAGAUCCAUCCAUCUUUACUGUGUUGACAGCCAAAUCGACCAGACCGGGCGUGGCCAUUGCCGACUUUGUCAUCUUCCCUCCGCGCUGGGGUGUGGCUGACCACACCUUCCGUCCACCAUAUUAUCACCGUAACUGCAUGAGUGAGUUCAUGGGGCUGAUCAAGGGCCACUAUGAAGCCAAAGAGGAGGGCUUCCAGCCAGGCGGGGCCAGCCUCCACAGCAUCAUGACCCCGCACGGCCCUGACACCGAAUGCUUUGAGAAGAACAGCGUGGCUGAUCUCAAACCAGAAAGGGUGGCCGAAGGAACCAUGGCGUUCAUGUUCGAGUCGUCCUUCAGUAUGGCUGUGACCAAAUGGGGCCUGGAGACUUGCCAGAAACUAGACAAGAGUUACUACCAAUGCUGGGAGCACCUACGCAGCCAUUUUAAUCCCAACUGGAAGCCCCCAAAACACUAGACGACGGUUUCUGGCAAAACAGGGCCAAUGGUCAGAGCUAUGCAAAGAUUGUCAUUUCAAAACAGAUUUAAAAAUUUCCACUCAAGGUCGUUGGAUUCACUAAUAUAGCUGGAGGUAGUUUGAAGUGAUUCCAUUUUUUUUUAAAUUGGAGUAACUGAACAUUUAUUGGACAGGCAAAAAAAUUAUAUAAAGUGUGUUAUUAUCCCAUA